UUGUUCUAACAAGCGCAACACUACUAAUAGAGCAAGUAUUUUUCACAGAUUUAAAACAGAAAUAAGAUAAAAUCUUUUCUGCAAUACUUAUAAACCACGCGGCUACCUGGGAAACCGCUUCUCGCUUUGUUUAUUAGCUGUACCUUUUAGCAAAGUGCAAUUAUCGACUAGAAACUCAUUCACCCAAAGGUAACCAAUCGUUGCGCGGCACGAUUGUAUUAGUUAGCUUUAAAACACUUUGAUUCAAUAAGCCUUGGUCAUAAUUUCUUCGAAAGCGCAGAACAAGCAGGUGAGUGAAGGAAACAUUUAAUGGCGACGUUGUAGAAUUACAAUAUUAGGGAGCUUAAGCAAACCACGACGACGAAGGCAACGAGAACGUCACCAAACAAAAGGUUUUAUGGUCAGAACAACAGCUGUGUACGUGCGUUAUUAAUCUUUGUGCAUUUCUUUGCCGACCUCUGCAAAACAGCAACGUGAAAUGACCAAGUUCUGCGUAGCCAGAGAAAAGCGAACGACAGCGACUGUUUCGUAUUUCCAUUUGGAAUUGAACGCUGCCAUUGCAUAUUUAGCCUGAGCACGUUUGUAGAGCCAUUGGCGUACUGAAUAGUUCUAGAAAAUUGCGAAUUUCACUGAUAAAAUAUAAAUUUAUUUUUGACUGGGCGUCGUCCUCGGAGUCACCAUCGUCGUUACUUAAGCUCCCGAUAACUUUGAAAGCAGUAUGACCUAAUUACCCAAAAAUGACAACAUUUCAACAAAACAUUAAUUUCUCUGAAGAAACAAUUAAGAAUAUUUGGCCGUUAACCUCUGAGACAUUUGUAGUUAGGAUCUGGCUUUUAAAGAAUUUUUUUAACGUUUUUGUAAAUACAGCACUGUGUUGUUUUCUCAUCGAUCAGUUCUAAUCAAGAGAUUAUCAAGGUUACCUUACUAAUCUUUUGUUCUAACAGAAGCUAUUUGUUCUCGCUUUGUUUCACAGCGUAGCAGACAGUCAGACCAAAACCAAAAUGAAGACUCUUGCAGUUCUAUCACUAUGUCUUUUGGCUCUAAGUGUCACAGAGUGCACACCAGAUCCUUGUCCUAGUAGCUGGUUCCAGUUUGAAGACUACUGUUAUCUGGUGAAGGAAUCCACUGCCUCCUGGUCCGCGGCUCAAGAGUACUGCCUUUCCCAGGGCGGGAACCUAGUGAAGAUUAACAACAUCGGGGAAAACGAGUUCGUCCUGCAACUUGUCAGACAGGAAGCUCCAUCAGUGAAACAUGUUUGGAUUGGGCUGGGCUUCAAUACCGAGGUCGACGACUGGAGCUGGAUUGACAACUCACAUCCAUUCUUCACCUACUGGAGUCCGGGUGAACCCAAUGGAUUUGAGCACGAACCAUGCGGAGAGAUGUAUAUUGACAACACAGCUGAGCUCCCGGUCAAUGGCUACUGGAAUGACCACACCUGUAAUAAGACUAACGCCAUUGUCUGCAAGAAUUUGGCUGAUCAUAGUUCAUAUAUAUCAUAGCCGCAGAAAGUCAGAGUUGGUCGCGAGAAAUUAGCGCUGUUACAGUUUAUUUAAAACAUCAACGAAGUAAAAAUAAUUGUAACCGACGACUUAAAAGAAAUGGCGGCUUGACAAUUAAAAUGCUACUAUAAAGUCUGUCGUUCCGUCGUUUUCUUUAAAACUAGAGAGCAUAAAAAAUGACUACCGAGGACAACGUCGGGUAAAAAAUGAAUUUAUAUUUUAUAUUUUCGAAUUUCGUAAUUGUCUA